AUGAUUAAGGUGAUAAUUUUUAUCGUUCUUUUUUACGAGCAGGUUCUUCUGCCAUGUAAAUGCAAAUAUUUAGUUUUAACGGAUCUAACAAACGAAAGUACUGUAAGUUUAUGGUCCGACGAAACCUUAAGUCUCCCUUUAUCUUUUUGUACAAAUGAAUUAUCAGAAAACUACAUAGGCAUAGAUACAAAUAUAAAUUAAAUAUAUUGGAAGAGAACAUUUUCUCUACCCAAAACUAGCAGACUUUAUGUUUACUUCGAGGCUUCCUUAUCUGGCAAUUGGAAUAAUGAUGAACUACAGAUAUAUGCAAAUGAUUAAAAGGUCUACUCUUAAAAAUACACUUUAACAGAUUCCAAUAGGGAUUGUCAUCAGAGAUUUCUUUAUGAAAUCCAAGGAUAUUUUGUAAUAAAUAUGAGAUUCGAUUCUCUAAAAUUUGAAUUAAAAGUCAGUAAUACAAACUUGGGUAUUUAUAUAAAGAAUUUGGUCUUGCUUUAGUAAUAAUAAAGGGGGAGAAAUGAAAUUCUUCCAUUUAUUGAUUACAUUCCCGCAUGUAAUCCAAAUUUUUAUUUUUCUCAAUAUUAUUGCAAGUGCUCCGACAAUUUAGUAUAUUAAUCCAACUUGUGUUUAGCUGCCUGCAGUUAAAAUUAUUUGUAUGACUCAACUGAAAAAUAAUGUCUUGCAAAAGACUAUUGUACUUCUUGUGUUGGAACUCAAACAUCAUUAACAUGUGAUGCAGGGUAUUAUAAAUAUUCAGGAACUGAUAUUUCUGAUUAAAAUUGUGUUAAGAGAUGCCCAAAUGGUUAUUAUCAAGAUGAAACUACGAAGACUUGUACUGACAUGAAAUCUUAUCUUUAGACAAAUCAAAAUGGAGGAGAAUAAAUAAGUCAUUAUUACUUUUUUACUACACUAGCAGAAUUCAUGCAUUUUUAUGCAUACAAUGAUUUUAUCGCAACAGUUGUUUCUAUUCCAGAAAAAACCAAAGAAAGAGGCUAUUUCUAUUAUAGUAAUAGAUUUUAUGUGGGUUCAUUUGAUUCAUUUUAAUCCCAAAAGGUGCUGAUCACAAAAAAUAUUCAGAAUUCUCAACAUAAACUGCGAUUUAGAGCUGUUGCCCAUUUUAUUGAUUUCAAUCCUACUAAAUUUGAUGUCACAAUCAAUGGUGUAAAAUAAACAGCAGCUACUUUACAAGUUAAUACUAUUAAUAUUUUAUAAUCAUCGAAUUCAGAUUAUAUAGCUUAUCUAGAUUAUACGUGGGUUAGAACAGAAUAGUAUCCAUUAACUUAAGACAAUAUUCUUUUUGAAAUCGAAUAACCAUCUCAAGGAGGAAAAUAUAUUGGAGUUUUCUUUUUGGAUGAUAUUCAUCUCUAUUAAUUUCAAUGUUAAACUGGAUGCAAUAGUUGCUAUAAUUAUGCUUAUUGUACUCCUUGUCUUAACCCAGCUAAUAAAAAUCCUGCUGACUGUACAUGUUUAACAGGAUAUGUUAUGUAGAAUAGCUAAUGCAUAGCUUGUCCAACUUAUUGCACUACUUGCGUUUCUGCUGGAGUCUGUGUAGAUUGUGUUGCAUCAACCAAAAGAAUCAAUUCUCCUAAUUGUGAUCAAUGUCCUGUUAAUUAUUAUCUAGAUGCAGGAAUGACGAAUUGUUAACCUUGUUAAACUGGAUGCUAUUCAUGUACUGUUGGUUCUGCAUGUAUUUAAUGUGCCCCUGGAUACUUUAGAAAUUAAGCAAACUAAUGUAUAACUUAAUGUCCAGAUGGUUAGUUCAAUGAUUCUAGUAAUGUAAAUGAUCCAAAAUGUAGUAUUUGUAACAAUAAUUGUUUGAAAUGUUAAACAUUGGCUACGACAUGUACUGCAUGUAAAGGAUUGGCUACUCUUGUUUCUGGUUAAUGCUAUUUGUGUUCCGAAGGUCAAUAUUUAUCAGGAACUAAUUGUGUUAAUUGUAUAAGUGGAUGCUAAACUUGCUCAUCUGUCACAUGCACAACAUGUUAGGAUUCUUUUUAUUACAAAUCUUCCACCAAUGAAUGUAUAUCCGUUUGUGAUCCAGGAUUUUUUGGAAAUAUAACAACUAAAACAUGUGAUUAAUGCAAUUCAAAUUGUUUAACAUGUGUAGCUGAUACAAAUAAGGACUGUCUCACUUGUCCAGCAGGCAAAGUGCUUAAUAUCCAAAAUGUCAUAAGCGGAGAAUGUUAAACAAACUGCUUAACAGGGUUCUACAAGGUAGAUGAUGGCUGUUCAAAAUGUUGGAAAGGUUGCUAAGCUUGUAUGGAUUCAACUCAAGCCUGUUUGACUUGUGCAAGCAAAUUUUAUAGAUUGAAGACAGAUGGUUGGUGCUAUGAAACUUGUCCUAAUGGAUAUUAUAAUAAUUAAAUAGGUUACUUGUGUUCUCCUUGUAAUUCCUUAUGUAAGACCUGCUAUGGAUUUUCAGAAUUAACUUGUUUAUCAUGUAAUGCUCCUUUGGCAUACUUUUAAAACUAGUGUUUAGUCGAAUGUUAUGAUGGUUAUGGAAGCAUCUCCAACAUUUGUCAACCAUGUGCAGCCAAUUGUAAGAAAUGCUUUGGUACAUAACCCAACGAAUGCCUUGAAUGUAUGACUGGUUUUUAUACUCUAAAUAAUCAAUGCUAUGUGAAAUGUCCAAAAUCAUUUGUUGGCAUCAGACCUCAAUAUGUUUGUAAAUGUAUUUAUGACAAUUGUAUAACUUGCACCUCCUCUUAAUAUUUCCUGGAUAAUACAUGUUAUAAUAUAUGUCCAAUUGGCUAUUUUGGAUAUAAUGGUUUGUGUAUUAAAUGCGAUGUUACUUGUGGAACUUGCUUUGGAGAGGGAGUAGACGAAUGUUCUUCUUGUAAUACUGGACUAAUUCUAUACUAAAAUACUUGUAUAACGGAUUGUUUAGGGAAACUGUAUCAAGAUGUAUUAGCUAAUGAGUGUAAACCAUGUCAUAUUGAAUGUGAAGCAUGUACAGGACCUAAUAAUAAUGAAUGCACUGCUUGUCCAAAUGAAAAAUUGUUGACGAUAAUAAAUACAUGUAGUGAUACAUGCACUGAUGGUUCAUAUUCUGUAUUAAGUGAAAAAAGGUGUUAUCCCUGCCAUGCAACUUGUAAAACAUGUUUUGGACCGGCUGACGAAAACUGUUUAUCAUGCACCAAUUUAUAUUAAGCCAACCAAUGUGUAAACACAUGUACCCCUGGAUUUACAAUCAAUGCUACUGGAACUGCAUGUGAUUCCGACUUUCCUCUGGUGAUAGGAAGUUGCUCAUAUUAGUGUAAGACUUGUGAAUUAGCUCCAAGAUUUUGUAAAUAAUGUGCAGGAAAUCGUAGUCCCAAUCCUCCUAAUUGUGAUUGUGAAGCUGGCUAUUUUGAUGAUGGAAGCAGUUCAAAUUGUCCGAAGUGUGCUAAUAAAUGUUUGACUUGCAAAGGAUUAGCAGAUCUUUGUGUCAAAUGUAAAGGAGAUAGAUUAUUGCCAACUUGUACUUGUCCAGAUUAUUUUUAUGAUGACGGAGAAUCAGUCAAUUGUGUUAAAUGUCAAGAUAAUUGUAAGACUUGUGAUGCUAAUGGAUGUACAUCUUGUUUAGGAGAUAGAAUUAAUAAUCCCAGUUGUGUAUGUCCUGAUGGGUAUUUCGAUUCAUAUCAAAUGUAUUGUUCUCAAUGUGCAAAAAAAUGUGUAACCUGCACUGGAUCAGCAGAGUUAUGUGAUGUUUGUUCAGGAAUUAGAGUUAGUAAGCCAAUAUGUGGAUGUCCAGAAGGCUUUUUUGAAAAUUCUGAUUAAGAAUGUCAACAAUGCGACUCUACCUGUAAGGAUUGUAACUAAUAUGGAUGUUUAUCUUGCUUUGGUAAUAGAAUAGGUCCUAUAAAUGGAGAGUGUAAGUGUGAUUAGAAAGGAAUCAGUAGAUUUAGUGUAGGAUCUGUAUAUUGCACUGAUUGCUCGUUAGGAGUACCUUAUUUUGGAUUGAAUGAAGAAUUUAAUGGAUUUAAUAUUGAUUUUGGAGGAUCGAUUAUUUAUUUGGAUUAAGGAACUACAAAUUUGUGUGAAGCAUUCUUUGAAACAGAUACUCUUUCUAAAUUAGGAACAGAACCUGUAUGUAAUUCUGAUUUCUCAAUUAUUUUUGGUUAAAAUCCAACUAUCAAAGUAGGUGAUUCUAUUAAGUUAAAAUUAUCUUUUAUUUUAACAGGUUGUAGCUAUCAAUUCUUAUAAAUUCUUCAUAUGCCUCUCUCUAUUCCCUCCACUAUUGAUUUAGAGACUCAUAAGCCAAGUAUCAAAUUUAAUGAUUUGAGUACUUCAAAUAUUUGUUCAGACUUAACAAUUAGAUUUGAAGAACUAUAUUAUAACGGAAGGUAAAAAUUCAAAAUUAUUUCAUGGAAUCAAUACAUCCCUUCCACAAUUGACCAUUAAAUCUAAACUUUAUUAAGUGCUAAUACUUUGAAUCAUAGUGACACUCUAACAUUUCCUCCAAAACUCUUUCAAUCAAAUACUAGAUAUAAAUUUGGUGUCACUGUUGAAAGCUUUGCUAAAUUAUAGAACAUAAACUAUUUCUAAUUUGAAGCCAAUUAAUAAUCAAAAAUCAAUUUUUAUCCGAUCUCAAAUAAUGACUAAUUUCAUAGGUAUGAUUAAAUCUCAAUCUAAUCUUAAAUAUCUUAUUCAAAUUGCAUAGAGAAAGUGUAUCCAAAAUAAACUUUAUUUUAUGAAAUUAAAUUGAAAAAUACAAAAGCUCAAUUAUUAAAUGGAACUUUGACAGAGAAUUUAGAAGAUGGAUUUGUUUUAGAUAUUCCUCUUGAUUUCAAUCAGUAUUACUUCAAUUUUUCUAAUCCAUAUAUAUUAAUUUUUAACACCAAACUAACUAGACCUGAUUAUACUGUUAGCACAUCGCAACACUUUGAAAUUUAUAUAGUGCCAUCGAAUCCAGUCCUUACAAUUGCAGGUGGGAAUAGAAUGAUUGGAUAUACAGAUGAUCUAUUUUUAAAUACAACAAUUACAGAUCAAGAUUUAACUCAAUUAGAAGCAUCUAGAGUCAUUUAUGAAUGCAAUUGGAGUUGCUAAGAUAUAGUGAAUGGAUCUGCAUGUUAGGAUUAAUAAAAUUAAACGAUUCUAUUUGACAAAAGUUGUAAUCAAUAUUUACCACCUCGUACAUUUGCUCCUUAUCAAGUGUUUAAUUUCGAAGUAGCAAUUGUAAAAGAAGAGAUUAUUCAUUCUACCAAAAUAUCCAUUCAGUUAAUUGAAAUAGAUUUACCAGCCUUAACAGUUCUAGGAGUAAAUGCAUUAGAAACUCAUAAUUAUUAUGAUGAAUUCAUCUAUUAAUUAGUAUAUCCAGGAAUAAAUCCUGAUGUAUUAAUGUAUGCUGGAGCAGUCAUCUAUGAUUAAGUUGUUUAAGCUACCUUCCAAUUUUAUUAUUUAGAAUUUAAAUUUAAAGUCCAAGACUACUUUACGAACUUCUAGGAUUCCUUAGGCAAUGGUCUCAAAUUAAGACUUUCAAUUUAUGACCCUCGUUUCAUUAUGCCAUCCUUAAGCACUCAAAUGUUAACUAUGAACAUUCCUCCUUAGAAUUGUGGAUUGGAAAUGAAAUACAAUGAAGGAUUUGUUGAAUUCAUUGAAGCACUAGAUGUUUCAGUUGUUAAUUGUACUGAUGCUGAUGCACCUCUUUUGUAUAGUGUUUGGAUAUUUCCUAAUGAAUCAAUUUAUCAGUCUGACCUAGUCCAAUCUAAAUUCUACAAUUAUAUGUUGCUAGAGCCAUUUCAGAAAACAAAUUCAUUUAAGUUAUACUUACCAUAUUUUAAUGAAAAGUAGUCUCUUCUUGUAUUCAAAAUAUAAGAUUCAUUUGGAGGUGUAAUUAAUAUCACUUAGACCUUUGAUAUUAAAUAAUAUUUAUAGAUUGAUGAAACUACAUUUACAAAUUAUGAGAAGUAAAUUGAGACCUUAGACUAGCAGUUAAUUGGAUAUAAUUUAAUCACCGAGAGAUUAAAAAUAGUAAAUGGAUCAUAAGAAUACAAAGAACAAUUAUUCUACAAAUUGAUUACUUUUGAUUAAAAUUAAACAUUUUUAAGCAACUAAACGGAAAGUCUAUAUAGAUCAAUUUCUAAAUUAUUGAGUUAAAAUGUAACGCUAUUAAAAUCAAAUGAAUCAAUGUUACUCAAUUAAUUGAAUUAUAGAAUCAAUUUAGCAUAUGCUUAAUUGACAAUAUUUUAUAGUUUGCAGAGGUAAAAUAAAUUGAAUUCUACCUAAAACAUUGAAAAAACCACUUAUAUUUCACAAUACUAUACAUUCUCAGAUAUUCUGUCCUCAUGUCUCAAUUAUAGAGUCUCAUAGAACUUAACAUCAACCGAUAUCUAAAAUCAACUAUAAGAAAUGCAAUCACAAUUAUAAGCUAUUAGUGUAGCUAAUGAGCCACUUUACAAGGUUUAAUCAAACUCUGUAAAUUUGAAUUUUGGUUAUCUUACGACCAAAAUGGCAGGAGAAGUAACAGGUUCAAAAUCAAUCACUAAAAGCAGAUUAUUGGAAGAAGAAGCCAGUGAAUCAAAUACUGAUUUAAAUACUUCAACCAAUUUCUUCAAAUUUUCAAUGACUAGAUUUAUUGAUAACCCAUUUUAUGCUGAUAAGAAUUUUCCCAAGAAUAGUAGUGGAUAUCAAGCUAUUGAUCCAAAAUUAAUUGCUGAUGCCAAAUCCAAUAUUAGUAAGGCAAAUUCUCAAAUGAAAUACAAGUUUCCAACUCCCAAAAAAUUAGAAAAUAAUACUUAAAUUAAAUGUAUAACUGAAGUUGAAAGUGGAGAAUGGAAUGCUGAUGUUUGUAGUACAACGGAAGCUGAUGGAGAGGCGACUUGUUAAUGUGAAUCUCUAAAUCCAACUUCUGUGAUGGAAUCAUUGAAUUUUAUUGCUGAUAAAGCUGCACAAGUAUUUUCCUUGGAUACUCUAUUGGCCUUCGGAUCAUUCCCAUUUUAUAAGACAGUUGUCUUUUACUUCUAUCUAUUAAUCACAGGUGUCUACAUAGCUGUGGUCUACUGGGGAGUUAAAGUUGAUAAUGCUAUGUUUACAAGAAUUCAUGCUGAACAAGAAUUAGCAGAGUAAAAACUGAAAGAAGAAUAAUUGAAAUUGGAGAAUAUUGAGUAAGACCUUGAAAACAAAGGGGAAAAUAAAGAAAUUACAGAGAACAAAUAAGAGUCUCAUUCUUUCAGGCAGCUUGAAGAAGUGAAAGAGCAUGAUACACCAUAGGUUGAAGUCCUACCAACUUUAGAAAAGAAUAUCUUUAAAAAUCCAAAAUCAUUUGAUAGAGUAAUACUUGAGAACAAAAUCUCGAUUGUUAAUUCUCCAUAAGAACUACUAAUUAAUUAAACUCCAGAAUCUAAACUUGAUAUCAACUUAGUUAUCAACCAUGGAAUGCCUAACGGAUAAGGAUCUGAUCUCCUAUUGUUAAGGCAAACAUCUUUAAAAAUUGACAAUGGACUUCAUACCUUAGACAAUAUUAAAAACGAAGAAGCUUAAGAAAAGUAAGAAAAAUAGGAAUAGGAUAAGAAAAAGGAAACAGAAGGGAAUGAAGAGUAGAAGUAAAAACCAAAAGGAUUAAAGGAUUUGAUGAUUAAGAAUUCCAUCUCUAGAAUUAAAGCCUACAUUGAGUACCUUAAGUUUUUCCAUUAGAUAUUACAGAUCAUAUAUAAAUCAGAUCAAAAGAAACCUCGAGGUUUGAGAGCUUCAAUUGUUUACACUAGCAUUUUGGGUAGUUUGGCUGUGUUAUUUGUAUUUAAUCAGCCAAAUAAUCUUAGCUUUACUGUUGGUUUAGCAUUAAUAACUGCCCCAGUUAAUAAGGUCUAUUAGAUUAUUUUAGAAAAAACAUUAUCUCAUAAAAAGAAGGUAGUCAGAUCCUUUGGUGCAAUUCUAAUGAUAGUAAGUGCCGGUCUCAUUUCUUAUGUUAUGUUGGCAGGAUUAGUAAUGAUGGAUUCAGUGGAAACUGCAAACCAAUGGAGUUUUAUUUUUGUAGGAACAUUCACUCUGGAUAACCUCUUUUAUUGUCCAAUUUCAUUAAUUUUCCAAUAUUUUGUUCAUAUGGAAUUCAUUAAGCUACCAAUUUUCUAAAAAUUACUCGAUAAGAUACUUGAUUAAAAGGCCAAGGAAUUUUUAUAUGGUUUAAUUGAUAAUAUAGGAGGAGAAGAAUGAUAAAUAUUUUAUUCAAUAUGAUUAUUAAAACACAUCUUUAAA